AUGGAAAUCCAACCCGAGGGUAUUCCAGUCUUUGACCUCGGACUACUCGAUCCAUCUUUCAGGAUUGAAGACGAACACCUGAGACUUGAGCCCAAGGCAGUCUACAUCUAUCCCACCAACGACAACGAAGUCAUUGAUCAUAAAUACCAGAUCAUGGACAAGAUCGGCUACGGUGGCAAGUUACUCCUGCAAUACUUACAAAGACACAAAACUGACAGCUGCAUCAAGGCAUGGUCAUCGUUAGCUCUCAAGACCUCAUCAACGGAAGUAAAACAGACCGUGCCGUCGAUGCCCGUCUUCCCAUUGCAGAGCUGUUCGCCUACUCGGUACUCUACCAGACACACUCCGCAACAAGAUGCAACUGAUAUCAAUGUUCUGGGAUAA